AUGGCCUCAUCCCUGCUCUUCGAAUCUGAGUUGUGCAGCGGGCUCACUGCUUGUACCUGUCCACUUCGAUCCAUCGAUCGAUCGCCCGCGCAGGGUUUCGUAAGCUUCGAGUCCUUCGACGAGCAGCACUGCGUGUACCGGCGCACGCCAGCGCUCGGCUGCGGCGUCGCCGCGGCGCUGCUCGCGCUGACAGGGGUGGCCGUCGCCACCGCGGCCAGCGAGUGUCUCGGACCCGACGCGCCUGCGACCGGCCUCAGGCGCGCCGUCGCCGUCAAGUAUUGCAAAAACGCCUGGGCGGCGGUGGCGUUUGCGGUGGUGAUGUUCCUGUACGGCGCGGCGAUGAAGCGGGGCCUCUCGACGACGAGCAGGCCGGGCUGGCGCUUCAACCGCGCCUACUACUACGGCUGCACCGAGCUCAAGAGCGGCAUCUUCUUCACGGCGUCCUCCGCCGCCCUACCCGCCGCCUAUGGCUAA